AAUUAAUUUCUUAUUUGCAGAAUAUUUUUUUUGGAAACUAGCACUUUUACAGGACCGCAGAAACGCAUAAGCGACAACAUGGCCGAGACUCUGGCCGAAGUGGUUUUACAGCAUGUUGAUAAAAAGGGUCAUAUAAAUUCACUUGAACUAGCAACAGAGUUGAAAGAAGACCACCAAAAAAUUGUUGGGGCCAUAAAGAGUCUUCAGUCAUUUGGAGAGUUAAUAAAAGCAGAACAGAUAGUUAAUAAAAGAUGGGAAUUAACUGAUGAAGGAAGAGAUGUAGCCACUAACGGAAGUCAUGAAGCCAGGGUGUACUAUGCCAUCCCUGAUGCUGGUACUUCACAAGCACAAAUUAUGAAAACUGUACCUAAUGCAAAGAUAGGAUUCAGUAAAGCUAUGCAGGCAGGAUGGAUCGUGAUGGAUAAAAAGGCUGAAGGAGGACCCAAGGUCAACAAAAAGGCUGACAAAAUAGAAGAUGUUAUUCAGAAGAACCUUGUGAAACUUCAACAGGAUCAAACAGAUUCCCUAACAGAUGAGCAAAAGGCUGAAUACAAGAAGAGAAAACUUAUUACCGAAGUAAAAAUAACUAGGUAUGAGAUCAAGAAGGGAGAUAACUUCAGUCUUACCAUAGAGAAACCAGAAGUUGAUCUGACACCAGAAAUGUUACAAAGUGGUUCAUGGAAAACUAAAAAUUUCAAGGAAUAUAACUUUGAUGCUUUAGGUAUUCCACCAAAUGGUGGCCAUUUACAUCCAUUGCUGAAGGUCAGAGCAGCUUACAGACAGAUCUUCUUAGAAAUGGGUUUCACAGAGAUGCCAACCAAUAACUUUGUUGAGAGUUGUUUCUGGAAUUUUGAUGCACUUUUCCAACCUCAACAGCAUCCUGCCAGAGACGCCCAUGACACCUUCUUUGUAUCAGAGCCACAGGUUUCUGAUAUAAAACGGGUUCCUCCAGAUUAUUUACAAAGAGUCAAAAGAGUACAUGCUGAAGGAGGUUAUGGGUCUCAAGGGUAUAAGGUAGAAUGGAAAACAGAAGAAGCAGAGAAAAAUAUACUGAGAACUCAUACUACAGCUGUCAGUGCUAGAAUGCUGUAUAAAUUAGCUCAACAGGAAACAUUCACACCAGUGAAAUAUUUUUCAAUAGACCGAGUGUUCAGAAAUGAGACGACUGACGCUACACAUCUAGCAGAAUUCCACCAGAUUGAAGGGGUUGUAGCAGAUUAUGGAUUAACAUUAGGAAAUUUAAUGGGCAUUAUUGAAGAAUUCUUUAAAAAAUUGAACAUUACAAAGUUACGUUUCAAACCAACCUAUAAUCCAUAUACAGAACCAAGUAUGGAACUAUUCAGUUACCAUGAAGGUUUGAAGAAGUGGGUUGAAAUAGGAAAUUCUGGAAUUUUCCGACCAGAGAUGUUGUUACCUAUGGGGCUACCUGAGGGUGUGUCUGUUAUAGCAUGGGGACUCUCAUUGGAAAGACCCACCAUGAUAAAAUAUAAAAUUGAUGACAUCAGAACAUUAAUAGGACCUAAAGUAGAUCUACAAAUGGUUUAUGAUAAUCCAAUAUGUCGAGUAGAGAAACAUUAAUGUACAAUUAGUUUUAUAGUAAUUUAUUAGCUCUAAAUGAAUAAUGUGAUAGCAAAUUCAGACCAGUUCAAUACCUAUUUAACCCGGUAAUUAAAUGGCAGGAGUAAUACAGUGUGUCAUUUUUGCAUAACUCGUCAGCCUUCUUUGGUAUUGAUGUCUUUUGGAAUUCCAUUGUAUCUAUUUGUACUAGCAAAUGUAAUUGGCUUAAUGAUUUAUUGUUUUGAAUACAAGAUUAAUAUUUGGCUUUUCUAUGUAAAGAAGAAAUAUUUUGUAUUUAAUUCACACCUUCUCCUGUCAGGGGUUAUAAUCAUGUGCCAUAAUUGCAUCUUGUAAACAAAAGUGAGAUAAAGAAUUUUACUCUUAUCAUAUAAAAUAUGAACUAAAAAUUACAAUCCUCCAAAAAAGUAACCAAAAUACAUGUUAUUCUCCUUGUUACAUCAAUAUCAGUUUUAUGUGGUGCCAAUGUUUUCUAAUGCAGUGAAAAUCCGUGGUCUUAUAAAGUAGCACUGUGAAACCAUCGAUAUGGUAAAUGCUGUAAUGAGAGAUCUUGAAAUGAAAUGUUUUUGGUUUCUAUAUUAUGAAUGUAUGAAUAAAAGUUGUGCAAUAUC